UUGAGGCAGUUUUCUUAUUUACAAUCCAUAAGAAGAAAUUAAAUGGUGGUGGGAUGGAGUCACAGAGUAAGGGAAAGGAAGGGGAUCAACAGUUUAUUUACCUCAUAAAUAAGGAUUAUAUCUAAGAACGUUGCCCGGCACACUGUGAUUGCACAGCAGUAAGGUCAGCUUUCUGGACCAGGCACUGUACCAGGUGCUUUACAUGCAUUAUUUCAUUUGCUCCUCACUGCAACCCUGAUAUAGCCCCGCAGACAGACAGGAUUCAGGGUCCAAGCCCGACUGCAGAUCUGAGUUCCAGGCAGUUAUUUCUUCCACACCUUCGUGGGGAAGGGACCACGGCCCCAUUGCUUCUCGUGACCUAGGCACUGGGCUAAGUGCUUUAUGUCUGUGUCUCACUCACUUCCCACAAUAACCCCAUAAAGAACAGAUGACCUCCUCCUCAUAAACCACGAAGAAAGCAAAUUUCAGAGGGUUUAAAUAGUGCCCACGGUCAAGUAACGCAUUCUGUAAGGUGUUAGUGUACAUGAGCUGGAAGUACGGUGAUUGCUUUAUUCUGAGGCCCCUCAUGCAGGUGAGCGCACCACUCCCAGAGCCAGCCUUCCUCCCAGAGAGGCGUCCGCGGCUGGGGCAGUUCUCCCUGUAGAAGAGAGAGAGGCGGUCUGUGGCCAGUGAAGGGCGACACCUGCUGGACACAGAGAGCUGGGCCGCGGAAUGGUGUCGGAAGCUGAGUUGCAUACUGAACUUCGGGCGAAGAGAAACCAGAAAUGAAGAGUAGCACUGGAGGGGCUUAACCUAACGGGGUUGUGGGCGGAGAAUAAGGGGUUAUGGGUGCAAAAAACACCUCCCAAAACCCCACAAGAGUAGAAUCUGAUGAGCUGGGGAGGGGCCAGAAAACAGGCUGUGCGGGACCUUUCGGUGCGCUGCUCCGCCGGGCUGUGUUUGCGCGGGAUAAGCUGGGCACGGGCUCCGACGUGGGGUCCUUAAACUGUUUCUACCGGGACCUGUAGAAGAGUGAGGGUGGCACUGUUUCUACAGGCUUGACGCCCAAAGUAGGUGCCCGGUGUUUGCCCACCCGAUGAGUUGACCGCAUCCGCGGUGUCCCCGGAAGGAUCCCAUGGGGUCAGGGCGUCUCUCUGCGGGAGUUUACUUAAGAAGUAAGGGGCGGGGAAAGUGCUCACGAAUUCCAAGUGGUUCUGGGCUGAGGACGGCCAUAUAAGGUAGGAAGAGGAAGCUGCUGUGCGCUGUACUAGUCGGUAAAUGUAGGCUCAGAAAUCAGUCUCUCAGUUGUAUCAGUUUUAUGUUUCCUUUUGAAAAGUUUUCAUGUAGCAUUUAAUUAAUUAGCUUCUGCGUGAUGUAAAUAAUUUCCACUUCUACUUGCCUACGGACUUUCUUUAAUAACUUGCUCUUUGAAGUCUUGUCAUAUUGCUUCAUUGUCAUUUUCCCGUUCACUGUUCUUGUUUUUGUUUGACGAAGCAAAUAAACUUUUGAAGUUCUAGUCUAGCCUUGGGUGUGUGGCUUUGGGUCUUGUCUACGGCCAGUUUUGGAGGAGAAGAUGCACAUUCAGAGGGUCUGGGUCUGGUCACAGUAAGAGGAAUCAAAGUGACAGGACCCCCAGGGAAGGAAGGGGAGCGUCAGCUAAUUGGAUUGCUUUCAGUCUUCCGGACAGCCACAGGAGGCGUUUCUCUGCCCUAGCCUUGCAGGUUUUUGUUUUACGGGGAAGGCUGUCCCCUUCCAGAUGGGGAGUAGGAUAAAGCGCCAGAUCACACAGUGUAAACAACAAUUGGAUGUUCACACAGAGCUUUGUGCAGGAUUUGGUGAACAGAUUUAAAAACCCCAAACAGCGUAUAUCGUUCAUUACCUACUCGACACACGGUCGCAUCAACAUGAAGCUGACCUCAGACAGAGAACAAAUAAGCAAUUCUGUUAUUGAAUUGCUCAAUGUACUACCUACAGGAGCCAUAAAUAUGCAGCAUGGAUUGGAAAAGGCGAACGAGCAGAUCGAAAGAACACGUGCUGCAGGAGCGGAGGUUCCCAGCCUCAUCAUCGUGCUGACAGGUGGAGAACUGCUGCCAGAAUCCUUUGCAGAGACAAAAGUUGAAGCUGCAAAAUCUAAGCAGUUGGGGGCAAGUCUUUUUUUUGUCGGAGUGCAAAAUCACCAGAAAUACCAGCUGUUGGAAAUUGCUGGCGAAGAGGAUCAUGUGUUUGGAGUGGACAGUGGAUACCCUGGACUGGAAGACAUCGUUGACCCACUCAUAGCAAGGUCUUGUGUGCAGAUUACAUCUGUGGAUUUCUCCCGUAUCUGCUCUAGAGAUAAAAAUGAAGUCAAGGUUAUUGGGAAAGGUUUUCAAAACAUAGACAAGGAUGAGGUUAUCUGUCAGUUUCGACUUAGAAAGGAAACCAUCCGAAUAAAGGCUGUAUCUGUGCAAGAUACCUCCAUUACCUGCCCAGGACUGAAGAUGAAUAAUCGGGGCUGGGCCAUCUUCAUUGAUAUCAGCCUGAAUAAUGGCCUCACCUUUAUCAAGACGGAUUUAGAUGUCAGCAGGAGGAACUGUGUGACUUCCAGGAAGGGGUCCCCACCUGCCCUGCUGGGUGCCAUACCACCAGCUGCCCAACAGCGUGCCCUUCCAGAUGCUGUGCCGGAAGACACACAGGAUAUUUACCCGGAUGAAGGGUCUUCCAGUCCAGUUUUCCCCAGUUUCAACACUCUCUUCUGGGCUGUGCCUCUCCUGGUGCUGCCCUUUAUCCUGCUGCUGUGCUGGUGUAUCUGGCGAUGGUACCCUAAAAGUAGCCCAGCGCCACUGGCACAGAAGUGCCCCAUGGUGAUCGUGUCAUGCUGUGGGAAUCAUGAUAAAGAGAAGAUAGAAGAACGAGAGAGGUGUCAUUCUGCUGUCCCCCUAAUGAUGCCCCAUUGUGGGUCACUGUCCUGCGGCAUGUGGAUCUCCCAUCAACCCAACUGCCAUUGCUGCCACCAUGAGCCAGGGUGCCCAACCCAGUUGCUGCCAGCUGAAUGAUGCCACUCAUACCUGCUGCAGCCUGGACGCUCUGGAAAGCCGCUUUGCAACUCUCACCCCAUAACACGAUCUCUACAGCACCAAAACCCCAAUAUUGUUUUCUAUUUGUGUGUUUUUUAAAUUUUGGUAUGAUUAAUAUACACUUAAAUGAGCAACAUUGUGGUUACUAGAUUCUCCUCAUUAUCAAGUCCUCCCCACAUACCCCAUUACAGUCACUGUCCAUCAGCAUAGUAAGAUGCUGUAGACUCACUGCUUGUCUUCUCUGUGAUGUACUGCCUUCCCCAUGCCCACCCCCUACAUUAUGUGUGCUGAUCGUAAUGCCCCUUAUUCCCCUUAUUCCCCUUCUCCCUCUCUUCCCACCCAUCCUCCCCAGUCCCUUUCCCUUUGGUAACUGUUAGUCCAUUCUUGGGUUCUGUGAGUCUGCUGCUGUUUUGUUCCUUCAGGUUUUUCUUUGUUCUUAUACUCCACAGAUGAGUGAAAUCAUUUGAUACUUGUCUUUCUCUGCCCGGCUUAUUUCACUAAACAUAAUACCCUCUAGCUCCAUCCAUGUUGUUGCAAAUGGUAGGAUUUAUUUUCUUCUGAUGGCUGAAUAAUGUUCUGUUGUGUAUAUUUACCACAUCUUCUUUAUCCAUUCAUCUUCUGAUGGACACUUAGGUUGCUUCCAUUUCUUGGCUAUUGCAACAGUGCUGCGAUAAACAUAGGGGUGCAUAUGUCUUUUUCAAACUGGGCUCCUGCAUUCUUAGGGUAAAUUCCUAGGAGUGGAAUUCUUGGGUCAAAUGGUAUUUCUAUUUUGAGUUUUUUGAGGAACCUCCAUACUGCUUUCCAGAAUCGUUGAACUAAUUUACAUUCCCACCAGCAGUGUAGGAGGGUUCCCCUUUCUCCACAACCUUGCCAACAUUUGUUGUUGUUUGUCUUUUGGGUGGUGGCGAUCCUUACUGGUGUGAGGUGAUAAUCUUAUUGUGGUUUUAAUUUGCAUUUCUCUGGUGAUUCGCAAUGUGGCGCAUCUUCUCAUGUGCCUGUUGGCCAUCUGAAUUUCUUCUUUGGAGAAGUGUCUGUUCAGCUCCUCUGCCCAUUUUUUAAUUGGGUUAUUUGGUUUUUGUUUGUUGAGGUGCAUGAUCUCUUUGUAUAUUUUGGAGUUCAACCCCUUAUUGAAUGUGUCAUUUAUGAAUAUAUUCUCCCAUACUGUAGGAUGCCUUUUUAUUCUACUGAUGGUGUCCUUUGCUGUACAGAAUCUUUUUAGUUUUAUAUAGACCCACUUGUUCAUUUUUGCUUUAUUUUCCCUCGCCCGGGGAGAUAUGUUCAUGAAGAAUUUGCUCAUGUUUAUAUUCAAGAGAGUUUGCCUAUAUUUUCUUCUAAGAGUUUUAUGGUUCCAUGCCUUAAAUUUAGGUCUUUGAUCCAUUUUGAGUUUACUUUUGUGUAUGGGGUUAGGCAAUGAUCCAGUUCCAUUCUCUUACUUGUUGCUGUCAAGUUUUGCCAACACCAGCUGUUGAAGAGGCUGUCAUUUCCCCAUUGUAUAUCCAUGGAUCCUUUAUGAUAUAUUAAUUGAUUUUAUAUGCUUGGGUUAUUAUCUGGACUCUCUAUUCUGUUCCACUGGUCUAUGGGUCUGUUCUUGUGUCAGUACAAAAUUGUCUUGAUUACUGUGGCUUUGUAGUAGAGCUUGAAGUUGGGAAGCGAGAUCCCCCCUGCUUUAUUCUUCCUUCUCAGGAUUGCUUUGGCUAUUCAGGGUCUUUUGUGGUUCCAUAUGAAUUUUAGAACUAUUUGUUCCAGUUUGUUGAACAAUACUGUCAGUAUUUUGAUAGGGAUUGCAUUGAAUCUGUACAUUGCUUUAGGCAGGUUGGCCAUUUUGACAAUAUUAAUUCUUCCUAGCCAAGAGCAUGGGAUGAAUUUCCAUUUAUUAGUGUCCUCUUUAAUUUCUCUUAGGAGUGUCUUGUUGUUUUCAGGUAUAGGUCUUUCACUUCCUUGGUUAGGUUUAUUCCUAGGUAUUUUAUUCUUUUUGAUGCAGUUGUGAAUGAAAUUGUUUUCCUGAUUUCUCUUUCUGCUAGUUCAUCGUUAGUGUAUAGGAAAGCAACAGAUUUCUGUGUAUUAAUUUUGUAUCCUUCAACUUUGCUGAAUUAAGAUAUUAGUUCUAGUAGUUUUGGAGUGGAUUCUUUAAGGCUUUUUAUGUACAAUAUCAUGUCAUCUGCAAAUAGUGACAGUUUGACUUCUUCCUUACCAAUCUGAAUGCCUUUUAUUUCUUUGUGUUGUCUGAUAGCCAUGGCUAGGACCUUCAGCACUAUGUGGAAUAAAAGCCGGAGAGUAGGCAACCUUGUCUUGUCCUGAUAUUAGAGGAAACGCUUUCAGCUUCUUGCUGUUAAGUAUCAUGUUGGCCAUGGGUUAAUCAUAUAUGGCCUUUAUUAUGUUGAGGUACUUGCCCUCUGUACCCAUUUUGUUGAGAGUUUUUGUCAUUAAUGGAUGUUGAAUUUUGUUAAAUGCUUUUUCAGCAUCUAUGGAAAUGAUCAUGUGGUUUUUGUCCUUUUUGUUGAUGUGGUGGAUGAUGUUGAUGGAUUUUCCAAUGUUGUACCAUUCUUGCAACCCUGGGAUGAAUCCCACUUUAUCAUUGUGUAUGAUACUCUUCAUGUAUUUUUGUAUUUGGUUUGCUAAUAUUUUGUUGAGUAUGUUUGCAUCUAUGUUCAUCAGAGAUAUUGGUCUGUAGUUUUCUUUUUUUGUGGUAUCUUUGCCUGGUUUUGGUAAUAGAGUGAUGCUGGCUUCAUGGAAUGAGUUUGGAAGUAUUCCCUCCUCUUCUAUUUUUUGGAAAACUUUAAGGAGAAUGGGUAUUAUGUGUUUUCAAAAUGUCUGAUAAAAUUAAGCAGUGGAUCCAUUUUGUUCUUGGAUAGUUUUUUGAUUACCACUUCAAUUUCAUUGCUGGUAAUUUGUCUAUUUAGAUUUUCUAUUUCUUCCUGGGUCAGUCUUGGAAGGUUGUAUUUUUCUAAAAGGUUGUCCAUUUCUUCUAGCUUAUCCAGUUUGUUAGCAAAUAGAUUUUCAUAGUAUUUUCUAAUAAUUAUUUGUACUUCUAUGGUGUCCGUUGUGAUUUUUCCUUUCUCAUUUCUGAUUCUGUUUAUGUGUGUAGAUUGUCUUUAUUUCUUAAUAAGUCUGGCUAGGGAUUUAUCUAUUUUGUCAUUUUCUCAAAGAACCAGCUCUUGGUUUCAUUGAUUUUUUUCUGUUUUAUUCUUCUCAAUUUUAUUUAUUUCUUCUCUGAUCUUUAUUAUGUCCUUCCUUCUCCUGACUUUGGGCCUCAUUUCUUCUUCUUUUUCCAGUUUCAAUAAUUGUGAAUUUAGACUGUUCAUUUGGGAUUGUUCUUCCUUCUUUAAGUAUGCCUGGAUUGUUAUAUACUCUCCUCUUAGAACUGUCUUUGCUGUGUCCCACAGAAGUUGGGGCAUUGUGCUGUUGUUUUCGUUUGUCUCCAUAUAUUGCUUGAUCUCUGUUUAAAUUUGUUCAUUGAUCCAUUGUUUAUUUAGGAGCAUGUUGUUAAGCCUCCAUGUGUUUGUGAGCUUUUUUGCUUUCUUUGUACAAUUUAUUUCUAGUUUUAUACCUUUGUGAUCUCAGAAGUUGAUUGAUACAUUUCUGUGUUUUUGAAUUUACUGAGUCUCUUUUUGUGGCCUAGUAUGUGGUCUGUUCUGGAAAAUAUUCCAUGUGGACUUGAGAAGAAUGUGUAUCCUGCUGCUUUGGGUGUAGAGUUCUGUAGAUGUCUGUUAGGUCCAUCUGUUCUAGUGUGUGUUUCAGUGCCUCUGUGUCCUUACUUAUUUUCUGUCUGGUUCACCAAGUGUAACUUAAAAUCAACUUCUAACUGCAGUUCUGCCAGUUAAUACUUUACAAAUUGUGAGGCUGUUUUGCUGAUUUUAUAUAUACUUAUGAUUAUUCUAUCUUACUGCUCCAUUUUUUAAAUUAUAUAAAACUUAUUUUCUUUUGUCCUUCAUGAACUUUUAUUUAAACCUUAACUUCUAUUUUGCUGUAUAUUGAGAUUGUUGCCCAACUUUCUUUUGGCUCAUAUUUGCCAUCUAGUGAAUCUUUACGCUUUUUAAAAUUUCAACCUUUCUGUGUCUUCCUGCUUGUCUUGAUAAUCGGCUUCAGCCUUGGGCAAGUUCACUAUGAAUUCAAUGUGACAAAGAAAUUGACAGCAAAACGUUCUUUGGGGUGAAAAGGUUUAUUACCUGCUUCUUCUCCCAGUGGUAGGUCGAGCACUAGCGUCUCUGCCUCCACCCAGAGCACUGGGCCAGCUCUCUAUAUAGCACAAUAAUAGUUUAUUGCCUAAAGGUGUGGAAGCGGUAGCCUAGCAACAGGCCAGUUACAUGAGGUGGUUUAAGUUCAGUGAGGACCCUGGCCAUAGGAACCAUGACUUCCCCACACUGCUCUAAGUAUAUUUAUUGUAAAUAACACAUGGUUUGGUCUUUCUGUUUCCUUCAUUAUGAGAGCCUCUGUCUUUUAACUGGUAACUGCUGACAUAUUAGGCUUAUUUUUUCAACUCAUUUCACACUUUAUAUUUAUUGUCUAUUAUUUCUUCCCUUUUCUCACUUUUCAUUAAAAGUUAUAUAUAGUGAUUCUGUUCUUGAAUGAGGUGUAUACUCAUGUUUACUUACAUUUAUUGAUUUCUUAAACAUUUUAAUAUUUAUACCUUGCUCCCAAAUUCUUUGGCAUACUCUUAUGGCCUUUUGAUUUUCUUUUAAAACAUAUUUUGCUUCCAGGUUUGUUGAGGUAUAUGUGACAAAUAAAAAUUGUAUAUA